GGUCUUUCUUUUUCCUCUUUUCUCUCUUGGUCUUUCGUUUUGUGAAUAUUCCAAACUUAAUUUCUCCACCAAAAGUACUUUUUUUUUUUAAUAGAGAGACAAAAAUAAACAGUGAUGAUCAUAACAGUCCUUCAUUCUCAUGUCUCAUUCUAUUUCAUCAUCCUUAGCUUCCUCUUCUUCCAUGGAAGUGAUGGUGCUACAAUAACCAUCGUAAAUCGAUGCAGCUUCACCGUGUGGCCGGGAAUUUUGUCCAACUCCGGAAGCGGCGAUAUAGGCACCACCGGCUUCGAGCUCGUUCCCGGUGGUUCACGUUCGUUCCAAGCUCCAGCUAGCUGGUCAGGUCGGUUUUGGGCACGAACCGGUUGCAACUUCAACUCAGACACAGGACAAGGCACCUGCCUAACCGGGGACUGCGGCUCUAACCAGGUCGAAUGUAACGGUGCAGGAGCAAAACCGCCCGCUACACUCGCCGAAUUCACAAUCGGGUCAGGUCCAGCAGACCCGGCCCGUAAACAAGACUUCUACGACGUAAGCCUCGUGGACGGUUACAACGUUCCCAUGUUGGUGGAAGCAAGUGGCGGGUCAGAAGGUACUUGCUUAACCACGGGAUGCGUAACGGAUCUAAACCAAAAAUGUCCAACGGAGCUCCGGUUCGGGUCCGGGUCAGCAUGCAAAAGCGCGUGUGAGGCUUUUGGUAGUCCAGAAUAUUGUUGUAGUGGCGCGUACGCCUCACCCACCGAGUGUAAACCAUCGAUGUACUCGGAGAUAUUCAAAUCUGCGUGUCCAAGAUCAUAUAGCUACGCGUUCGACGAUGCUACAAGUACGUUCACAUGCACUGAUGCUGAUUACACCAUCACUUUUUGCCCUUCCUUGCCUAGGUAGGUUAACUUAUUUUAUUUUUGUUUUCAUUUUAUUUGUUCCCACUUGCUUUUUGGUAAAUGCACACGACGAGCUUAGCUAGCAAAGUAAGGUGAUUGGCUUGAGCCAGGCUAAGAAAAAGAAGUUGAUACUUUUUUUUUUUUUACACGUAAUAAAGGAGUUUAUAAUAGUCAUUCCAUCAAAGAAAAGGAAAACAAAAAGGUUAUUACAACACGUACCAUAGGCCUACCAUUAUGAAACGGGGAAGCACAGAUAAAUUAUUAAAAUUUAGUCCUAUAUUUAGUCCUAUAUACUAUUAUUCUGAUAAUCUGAUUAAAGUUGGAAUAUGUUACAGCCAAAAAUCGGCAGCGAAUGGGUGGAGAGAUGGCGGUGGAUCAGUACAAACCUCACCGUCACCAUUAUCGACGUGGUUGUCCGAUGUCUUCACCUCUGAUUCCUCAAAUGUUCAGUCUUCCCAAUAUUUACUCAUCUUUACUAUUUUUCUUCUUCUGCAUUUUUGAUAUUUUUGUUUCUCAUUUCCGGGUGUAUAUUUUCUAUCCUAUAACAUUUUUAUGUUUCAUGAUUAUGAUUAUGCACAUUGAUG